AUGUCUGUGUGUCCGUCCAUCACCUUAAAGGACCUUAGGAAAGGGACAGACACGGAAGUGCUGGGUCCGGCCGUGGCGGCUCUGUCUGGACCCGGAGCCCUGGCGGGACUUUGCCCUCUUUCCCCCACCUGUGCCCGGAGGCAGCCGGGAAGGGCACAAACAGGAAGUCCCCCCACCUCCGGGCUCCACCCCCUGAAGGACCCCCGUGUGGCCCCAGCAGAGAGCCCGCAGCCAGAGGGAAUGGCCCCCGGGACCCCGAGGCCCCCCUCCCAGGGAUCAAUAACGUUCAAGGAUGUGGCUGUGGACUUCACCCAGGAGGAGUGGAGCCUGUUGGACCCCUCUCAGAAAGAGCUGUACCUGGAGGUCAUGCUGGAGAAUGUGCAGAAUGUACUCUCUAAACCUUAUAAAUGUACACAAUGUGGAAAGGCUUUUACACAGAGGAGUCAUCUUGAUGUACAUCAGAGAUUCCACACUGGAGAAAAACCUUAUGAAUGUACACACUGUGGAAAGGCAUUCACAGCGAAGAACAAUCUUGCUAAGCAUCAGAGAAUCCACACUGGAGAGAAACCUUAUGGAUGUAGACAAUGUGGAAAGGCUUUUACAGAGAGAGGCUCUCUUGCUGCACAUCAGAGAAUCCACACUGGAGAGAAACCGUAUGAAUGUACACAAUGUGGAAAGGCUUUCACACAGAGGAGUCAUCUUGCUGCACAUCAGAGAAUCCACACUGGAGAGAAACCUUAUGAAUGUACACACUGUGGAAAGGCUUUCACACUGAGAGGCCAUCUUGCUGCACAUCAGAGAAUCCACACUGGAGAGAAACCUUAUGGAUGUAAACAAUGUGGAAUGGCUUUCACAUACUGGAUGAGUCUUGCUAUACAUCAGAGAAUCCACACUGGAGAGAAACCUUAUGAAUGUAAACACUGUGGAAAGGCUUUCACACUGAGGGAACAUCUUUCCAUUCAUCAGACAAUCCACAUUGGGGAGAAACCUUUAGAAUGUAAACAGUGUGGAAAGGCUUUUGCUGAGAGGGUCUCUCUUGCUAAACAUCAGAGAAUCCACAUUGGAGAGAAACCUUAUGCAUGUAAACAAUGUGGAAAGGCUUUCACACGGAAGUGCCAUCUUGCCAGACAUCAGACAGUCCACCCUGGAGAGAAACUUUAGGAAUUUAAACAAUGUGGAAAGGCUUUCACGGAGAGGGACAAUGUUGCUGGACAUCAGAGAAUCCACACUGGAGACAGACCUUAUUAAUGUAUGCAAUGUGGAAAGACUUUCAUAUUGAGAAGUCAUCUUGCUAAGCAUCAGAGCAUCCACAUUGGAGAUAAACUUUAUGAAUGAGAUCAAUUUGGAUAGACUUUCACAUAAAGCUCCACAUUUGUUUUUAUGUCAGAAAAUCUCUGGAGAGAAAACUCAUGAGUGAGAUUGAGCUUACAAUUGCCAUUUUUAGAUAUUUAACUGUGAUUAAUUUUUGUACCUUAAAACUCGAGUUCCCAGUAUCCCAUGUUCCUUCUCACAUUAUGUGCUGACGUAAGGAAGAUAUAAAUUUGGUGUAGCCCUACCUCUCUUUCGGUGAUAGCAUGCUGUGGAGGUGAGGUAAGAAAGAGGCAGGAGAACUUGCUCAUGUGGUUUUAAUUUUGUUGGGUAAUUGGUUUUUUUUUACUUUUAUUUCCUUUUUAUUCCGUCUACCUCAAGGUGAU